AUGGAUUUAGAGUUCCACAAGGUACACUACCAGCUCAAGGAAUGCGGUGUCGGAGAUGCAGUUCCCCAAAACCAAAAGGAACUGUUUAACAUGCGCCAUAGCAAGGCUCGAAACAUUAUUGAACGAGCCUUCGCUAUGCGCAAGAUGCGUUGGAGGAUUUUGCGUAGUGCUUCCUUUUAUCCAAUUCAAUACAUGGCUUGUUUCCUUCUCCAUAAUUUCAUUCGCCGUGAGAUGAGCAUAUAUCCCGUUGAAGCCGGGCUCGAUGGUGAUGCGACCACAGUCGUGCAGGCGGAUAAUUAUAUCGCUAACGACUAUGUUGAGUGCGUGGAACCAACUCACGAGUGGACUGCACUACGUGACUCCAUAGCCAUGAACAUGUGGAAUCAUUAUUAA